CGCGGACCGUGUGGUGCCGUCGCUGUCGCUCUCGCCGCUCUUCCUGUCGCCGGGAGCGGCGUGCCGACCAGUUGGUGGCCGGGGCCCGGAGUCGCCAUUCCCGUGUCGCUGCGCCCGCGGGGGCCGCCCGAGUCGGCCACAAUGCCGCUGGGCCUGAAGCCCACCUGCAGCGUCUGCAAGACAACCUCGUCCUCCAUGUGGAAGAAGGGCCCUCAGGGGGAGAUCCUCUGCCACCAUUGCACGGGCCGGGGCGGCGCGGGCGGCGGGGGCGUCGGCUCGGGGACGGCCGGCGGGACUGGGGGCAGCGGCGGCGGCGGCUUCGGCGCGGCGGCCUUCGCCAGCACCUCGGCCGCCCCUCCGCAGAGCAACGGGGGCGGGGGCGCCAAGCAGAGUAAGCAGGAAAUUCACAGGAGGUCUGCUCGGCUCAGAAAUACUAAAUACAAGUCUGCUCCAGCUGCUGAAAAGAAAGUUUCCACUAAAGGAAAAGGGAGAAGACAUAUUUUUAAGUUAAAAAAUCCCAUCAAAGCUCCUGAGUCAGUUUCCACCAUAAUCACUGCAGAAUCAAUCUUCUACAAGGGAGUAUAUUACCAAAUUGGAGAUGUUGUUUCUGUGAUUGAUGAACAAGAUGGAAAACCCUACUAUGCUCAGAUCAGGGGUUUCAUCCAGGAUCAGUAUUGCGAGAAGAGUGCAGCCCUGACCUGGCUCAUCCCCACCCUCUCUAGCCCCAGAGACCAGUUUGAUCCUGCAUCAUAUAUCAUAGGACCAGAGGAAGAUCUUCCAAGGAAAAUGGAAUACCUGGAAUUUGUUUGUCAUGCACCUUCUGAAUAUUUCAAGUCACGAUCAUCACCGUUUCCCACAGUUCCUACCAGACCAGAGAAGGGCUACAUAUGGACUCACGUUGGACCUACUCCUGCAAUAACCAUUAAGGAAACAGUUGCCAACCAUUUGUAGUUUGAAAAUUAAAACUGGAUUUCCAGGUUAUCUUAUAUUCAUACCACUAUAAAAAAACUCUUAAAUGGAAAAGUUUUUUCCCUACUAUCCAGUAAUCUGUUAAUUUUUUUUAUUACUAGUCACUUGGAAAAGUAAAGGGUAUAAAAAGAAUGAAAUAUUUUUAUUUUGAAGUUAAAUACUACAUUCUAUAUGUGUAUCCUCCCAAGCAAAGGCUGUACUUUGCAGGUAUAACCAUUAGGAACAGGUAAUGUCCAUUUUUCUCCUUAAUUUAUUUCUAGAAAUUGUCAAAAUAGAUUAUAGUUUUCCACAAGUACAAAAUACUAAUUAAGGUUAAGAUUUCUGAGCAAGGGCUUACAAUCAAAUAAGAGGUACAUGUGACCAAUAGUGUCAUAAAGUCACAUAAUCCUUAUUUCCUCAUACGGAUAUUCUAAGUUCAAAAUUCAUUGUUUGCUGCUUUAACCUUAAAGAAAGUAGGGGUUGAUUUUAUUGGCUCUUUUUAAAACUUUCAUCUAAUUCUUCAGUAGCAAACAGGCAUUCAGAAUCAUUGAGUUGAUUUUAGUAUAGCUGCUCUUUGUUGCUCUCACCUGCCUCCUCACUCAAAAUGAGGAUUCCAGUCAAACCAAAAGAUUUUAUAGUGCAGAUGGCUUCACUACAAUCCCACAGGAAAAAUGUGCUGUUCAGGCAUCCCACUUGCUAGUUUCUGCCUCAAAGUUAAACCAUCUGCUAUGGACUCAAAAUAGUAGACCCAAAACAAUGUCUUGAAGUAGAAGACUUAUUGUGUAUGAAACUGUCCAGAAUUCAGGUACAGAUUUUACUUCAAGUGCAUAUCAGUGAAGUGUGGGGGUAACAGUGUAGAAUAUGAGGAAAGUGGAGACUGCACACACUUGCUGCCUCUUCUGUCCUGAUUUAACCAGCAUUUUUUUAACCCCAGGAAAAUAAGUCAAUCUAUUUUAAUCUUAAUUUUAAGAUUUAGCAGUAUUAGCUAUUACUCUUUUUCAACACAGUUAUGAUUUGUAUGUUAUAGAUAGGUCUCAAAUUGUUCCAUGUACAUAGUUAGCUAUAUAAGAAAGGGUAUAAUAAAUUGAUUGUAAAUACCAUUGUUGAUAACUUUCUAAAUGCUAAUAUUCACAACUUUUGGAUUAAAAUGUAUUUUUCACAAUGUA